ACCCAGUGUGCCUUAUUUCCUCAGACGCCGCUUAGCUGGGAAGCGCGCUGAUGGAAGUGUCGUGGAAGUCUAUGUGGGAAGCAGAUCGAAAUAAACUAGUGAAAAUAAAUCGGAAGCAGUGUUUUAUUUAUUAAAGGCAGUUGGACGCGGUUGCAACAUUGUAACGUUCCGAUUGUGACUGUCAAGUUACCGCAGCAGCAAACUCAAGCUGGGCUAACAGUCGUUCCUUUAUGAUUUAACGGCUGUAUAUGUGUCAUUACUGCGUAAUACUGACUUGGGAGGUUGUAUAGUCUAAAAAUCUCAACGGUCAAUAUGUUAUGUAAACCUUACGAAACGGGGAAAUUAAAACUUGAACGAAUUUUAGCAUAUUUGCUAACAUGUGAGCAUGGGUUAGCAUGAUGUCAAUGAGUCAAUUUAAAUGCAUUAAUAAAUUAAGCCGGGUGUGCUUGUUAUUUAUUACGUUUAUUAUUAAUUUAAGUAUUUGUUCUUGAUAAUAAACGUCUAAAGUAUUCUUGGCUAGCUUGCUAAAAUGGAGAUUAGUGAGGAAAUACGCGCGUUAGCACAUUAUUUUAAUUUAAGACACGUGUCUGGUUGCAAUGUCUCUGGUCAAUUUAAGAGAAUUGUGACGAUUCUUGCUGAAUACUGAGUAGUAUGCUCUAUGAGCAAGUCAAUAGUACAUGCGGCACGGUUCUGCACAAUAUAACAAUCUAGCAAAUGCAGUGCAAAUCCGUUCACUAUGACAGGCCCAAUCUUCAAAAUAAGUUAUUUCAUUAUUAAUUUUGAUGCAACGAUUUGGCCGAAAUGUAUAUUAAAAUAUAAACAAUAUUGCAACACAUUAAUAUAUGAAAAUAUAUUAAACUGCCAUGUGAUGGUUAUAUAUAAGUAUACAAGAACAAAAACGCAUUCUGUAAUUAAAAACUUUAAAUGUAGUAAUUUUGUUUUUGCAAUGACAAUCUUUCAAAUUGCCCAAAUAAGCAUUAUAAAUCCCCUUCAAAGGCAGUUAAUACAUGUCCAAUGCAAAGAAAGUGCACUCAUGAUGUUUAAAGAUGUUUAGAAUGCAGUUUGUACAGGUAGAUCAUGCUCUUAGCCCAGGUGAAUCGAGACACUCAGGGCCUGGAGUUCCAGAGUAUUGAUGGGGACCCUCAGCAGGUCACCCUAUGCCUGACGGAGGCAGUAACAGUUGCAGCAAACUGUUACCGCACAGAUGGUGACAACAUAGAGGGAAUGGACUGUUUGCAGGCAGUGACUCUGGUGGAUGGCUCCACAGCAUACAUCCAACAUAGCCCUAAAGUUUCUCUCACAGAAAACAAGAUAAUGGAAGGACAGGUGAUCCAGUUGGAGGAUGGAUCUGCUGCAUACGUCCAGCACUUACCGAUGUCUAAAGCAGGAGGAGAAGGAUUGAGACUAGAGGAUGGCCAGGCUGUGCAACUGGAAGAUGGAACAACUGCUUACAUUCAUGCACCAAAAGAAACAUAUGAUCAGGGUGGUUUACAGGCUGUUCAGCUGGAGGAUGGCACUACUGCAUAUAUCCAACAUAUGCCCCCAUCCAACACCAUCUUGGCCAUCCAGGCAGAUAGCACUGUUGCAGACUUGCAGACAGAGGCCACCAUUGAUGCGGAGACAAUCAGUGUACUGGAGCAAUAUUCUACUAAGAUGGAGGCCACAGAAUGUGGUACUGGGUUACUCGGUCGGGGGGACUCUGAUGGCAGUGUGCAUAUGCAGAUUGUACUGCAGGGUCAAGAGAGCAGGUCACCCAGAAUUCAGCAUGUUGGGGAAAAGGCCUUCCGUUGUGAACAUGAGGGAUGUGGAAAACUCUAUACUACUGCUCACCAUCUAAAGGUACAUGAAAGAUCACAUACUGGGGAUAAGCCGUACAUUUGUGAUCUUAUUGGUUGUGGUAAAAAGUUUGCAACAGGAUAUGGCCUCAAGAGCCACAUCCGCACACACACUGGAGAAAAACCAUAUCGGUGUCACGAGCUCAACUGCCUCAAGUCUUUCAAAACCUCUGGAGACUUACAAAAACACACUCGAACCCAUACAGGUGAAAAGCCUUUUAAAUGUCCAUUUGAAGGCUGUGGGAGAUCUUUCACCACAUCCAACAUUCGUAAGGUCCACAUUCGUACUCACACAGGUGAGAGGCCGUACUACUGCUCUGAGCCCAACUGUGGAAGGGCUUUUGCAAGUGCCACCAACUACAAAAACCACAUGAGAAUCCACACAGGAGAGAAGCCAUAUGUCUGUACUGUGCCUGGCUGUGACAAGCGCUUUACAGAGUACUCCAGUCUGUACAAGCACCAUGUGGUUCACACACCCUGCAAACCCUACAACUGUAACCACUGCGGAAAGACGUAUAAGCAGAUCUCUACCUUGGCCAUGCAUAAACGGACAGCACACAAUGACACAGAGCCCAUAGAGGAGGAACAAGAAGCUUAUUUUGAGCCCUCCGCAGAGGCCAUUGAUGACCCUGGGUUAAUGUACACUAAUACAGUCGAGGAUGACUCUGGGUCUGAGCAGGUAUCAGGUGGAUCAGAGGUCAUGGAACAACAGCAUUUGGCUUUUAUAUCUCAGGAUGGCACACAACAGAUUCUAUCUCAAGCAGAUAUGCAGGCUAUGGGAGGCACAAUAACCAUGGUAACACAAGAGGGAACCACCAUAACUAUCCCUGCACAUGAAGCAAUGCUUUCUUCAGGAGGGGCACAUUCUGUUACCAUGGUAUCUGCAGAUGGAACUGAGGGACAGGUGGCUAUUGUGACGCCAGACUUGUCUGUGUACCAGACAGAGGAGGAGGAGCUUGUACAGGAUCAGGAGCAGCAUGUGGUUUCCACAAGUCCACACCCAGUCACACUGCUGGCCACCUCUAAUGGUACACACAUUGCUGUGCAGCUCAGUGAUCAGCCCUCCCUAGAAGAAGCCAUCAGAAUAGCAUCAAGAAUACAGCAAGGAGAGACCCCCGGAAUGGACGAUUAACUAAUUUUCUGCUCAUCACAUUGAACUUCUCAAGAUUGUGCGCGA